AUACCCAGACGCUGCAACAUUGUCGUUUCGUCGAAAAGCAAUCCGUAAAAUUAUGCAUGCACGCUAUCUCGAUCGAUCGUAACACUAGGCCUAACAGGGAACGGAUAGAGAGCGGAGCGGACCAUCAAGGUAAUUAAUACAACAGAAGACCAGAAUGUCAAACGGCAAGUUGGAUAAAGCCAGUGCCAUGAGCAGCGGGUCAGAUUCCAGUGAAGAGGGGAAUGUGGAGAGGGGGAACUGGUCAAGGAAGUUGGACUUUGUUUUGUCCUGUCUGUCAUACGCAGUGGGGCUCGGAAAUGUCUGGAGAUUUCCCUACGUCUGCUAUAGGAAUGGUGCAGGAGCCUUCCUGAUUCCUUUCCUGAUCAUGUUGUUCAUCACCGGGAUCCCCCUUGUCUUUAUGGAGCUUUCCCUGGGUCAGUACGCCAGCACUGGGGUCGUGGGUGUGUGGAAAGCAGCACCAUUAUUUCAAGGAGUUGGCUGGGCCAUGUUUGUUGUGUCGGUGUUCAUCUGCAUCUACUACAAUAUGAUCAUUGCUUACACCUUGUAUUAUCUGUUUGCCUCCCUGGCUGCCAACCUUCCCUGGGCUGAGUGUGGCGAAUGGGCCACUGAAGCUUGCAGUACUGAUAUAAAAGUCAAGAUGCUGAAAUGCCAGCGGUAUAACAAUACAUGGUGUGACAACCAAUGCGUUAACUCCACAGCAGUCGAUUUUUCCUCCAUGAAUUGUACCAUCUACAAUGGCACAACGAAACUGAAAUCGCCCAGCGAUGACUAUUUCCAUCAUAGCGUCCUCAGCAUCACUGGGGGUAUUUACUCCCUGGGCGACAUUAAAUGGGAGCUGGCAGGCUGUCUGGCCUUCGCCUGGGUGCUCGUCUGCAUCUGUCUGGCCAAAGGCAUCAAAACAUCGGGAAAAGCUGUGUACUUCACCGCCUUCUUCCCCUAUGUCGUUCUCCUGAUCUUGUUGAUCCGCGGGCUGACCUUGCCCGGGUCACUGAAUGGAAUUGUGUACUACGUCACUCCACAGUGGGAGAAGCUGGGCAGAGCAAAGGUGUGGGGGGACGCCGCCGUGCAGAUUUUUUUCUCCCUGUCUCCGUGUUGGGGUGGACUGAUCACUCUGGCCAGUUACAACAAGUUCCAUAACAAUUCUAUGAAGGACGCCAUCAUUGUGUCUGUUUUGGAUUGUGUCACCAGUGUCUUCGCUGGUCUAGUCAUUUUCAGCAUCAUUGGUUAUAUGGCAGAGGUGCUGGAGCAAGAUAUCGAAGAUGUUGCCACUGAAGGUGCAGGACUAGCCUUUGUAGCAUACCCUGAUGUAGUGACAAAACUCCCCCUUUCACAAUUGUGGUCUGUGCUUUUCUUUGCUAUGCUAAUCACCCUUGGACUUGGAACUCAGAUUGCCACAGUGACUACAGUACACACUACAUUACUGGAUCAAUUCCCAAAUCUCCGGAAAGGCUACAGAAAGACUGUCCUACUGAUCAUCAUUGCGAUCGUCUGCUUCUUGAUCGGACUCAUCUUCUGUUCCCAGGGGGGAAUGUACAUGCUCCAGCUGUUUGAUAAUUACGCUGCUACCUACUCCUUGUUAUUCAUUGGUAUGGUGGAGUGUAUCGGUAUAGCCUGGGUAUACGGUGCUGACAGAUUUUUGAGUGACGUUGAGUUGAUGUUGGGUCAUCGUCCCAGUGUGAUAUGGAAGUACAGCUGGAAAUUUGUCGCCCCGAUAGCACUGUUGGCCAUCCUCCUGUUCACAGCGAUUGAUUUCAACCCCACGGAAUACAACAAACAACCAUUCCCGGGCUGGGCUGAUGGACUGGGCUCUCUAAUAACAAUAUCCUCUAUCAUAAUGAUCCCCAUUGUCGCAGUCUACCUAAUCCUUAAGGAAAAGGGAUCAUUCGGGGGUUCGAUUUUUGAUCUUAUCAAAUAUCUGACAAAACCAACAGAAAAUUGGGGUCCUUAUCUCAAAGAGCAUAGAGCACAGCGGCAGAUGAUGGGCGACGGCUUCAUUCAUGAUGCACAAAUUCCGUUAAAAGAAAAAGCGUAGAGCCAUGAUGUAUAAUGAUAAUUAGGAGAAGAAAGCAGAUCUCCCAACACCAGUUGUUGUGGUGAUGUGCUAAAACAGUUUAAAGAAUGCAGCUGAUUUAGUAGAUGAAUAAGAGCAUUUGAAAUUUUAACUCCAAAUUGCAGGAAUUUGAUUUUUGUAUUUUUUUUUACAUCAUUUGUGAGGCUGUGAAUAGGUGCAUAAUAGAUUUUGUCAUUGGAUGUAUUUAGGUGACGUUAAUUACAUCCUGAAAACAAUAUUUUUCUUUCUGUGUGCAUUAUUUGAACACCGUCACAGUACAGAGAUUGUGCUUCCUUGAAAUGGAAAACUAAAUAUGUAGGUUGACAUGGAAAUCAAAUUGAAACUGCCAACAUGUAAAACAAUGAACAAAGCAUACAGUUGUAUCUGUGAUGUUAUGAAUGAUUACCUCACUUUUAAGAAUGUUGUGUAUAUAUAUCAAUAUAUUUAUACAUAUGGAAUUGCAUUUCAUCUUGUCUUCAUAUUUUGACACAAUAUGUGAUUUAUAAGAAAAGGAUUGAGUUAAUUAUGUAUGCAUGUUUACAUGUAUCUGUAACAUAUUUUCAAUAACAGAACAACUUUGCUGUGUGGGUGCGUUUGUGCUAAAUUUCUAAUUUAUAUUACCUUAUAGCGGGUUUUUUCCAUGAGGUGAUAAAUUUGGCUUAUUUUAGCGGUUUGAUAUCUUUCCUCCAAAAUUUCACUCGCAAAUAUGCACCCAAUAGCAACUUCAGUAUUAGCAAGAGAUAACUCUAAAAUUACUAGCAUACCUUUGAGCCAGCAAAUCGCCAAAUUUUAGACCUGCAGAAAAAACCCACUCUACGGUAUUUGUUAGGAUUGUGUUUUGUUUUUUUGUUAAUACAUUUUUUAUUGUUGAAAAUUUGCAACAGCCAUUAUGUCAAAAAAAAUGUCAUCAUAAGAGAAAUGAUUUGUCGUAGAUCUGUGGGACAUUGGAUUGUGAUUGUCCACUUUAUGUGCUUUGUGUGCCUUUAAUAUCAUGUUUUGUCAGUAAACCAGAAUAAUCUGAAUAUCACCAGUACGAUGUUUAUAACAAUGUGUCGGGGAUUUUCUGUUUUUUUCUCUGCAUCACCAUCAUUUGCUUUUAGUACCCUGCUCCCUGCAUCAAUAUUGUACAUGUCCUGUUCUCCAGUGUUAUACGUAUAGAUACAAUUUUGUUGUGUUCAGAUCUGUUUGUACCGUCUACAGAUCUAAUCAUGCCGUCUACAGAUCUGAUCGUGCCAUCUACAGAUCUGUUUGUGCUGUCUACAGAUCUGUUCUCAUCAUGCUGUCUACAGAUCUGAUUAUGCUGUCUACAGAUCUGAUCGUGCUGUCUACAGAUCUGUUUGUGCUGUCUACAGAUCUGUUCUCAUCAUGCCGUCUACAGAUCUGAUUAUGCUGUCUACAGAUCUGAUCGUGCUGUCUACAGAUCUGAAUGUGCCGUCUACAGAUCUGAUUAUGCUGUCUACAGAUCUUGUGCUUUAUAAACAAGAGUGCUAUAAUGAAAUGUGCAUCAAUGUACAAAGUUAUUUUAGUGAUGAUUUUAUACUUGUAUACUGUGUUUAGUGUUCUGCAAUAUUGAAGCAUAAUUUAUCACUGAGUGUAAUAAGUGUUAUUUUGUAUUACUCUGUAGUGUGUACAUUUGUACAGUUUUAGCUUUUUAUGGAUUGUAAGGAACAGACUGCAGAAGCAUGUCCUUAUAAGAUAUACAUAGUCAUUGAAAAGGGACACACUCCAUUCAUUGAACGAGAAAUUUCCCAUGACAUUGAACAAGAAAUUUCCCAUGACAUUGCACAAGAAAUUUCCCAUGACAUUGAACGAGAGAUUUCCCAUGACAUUGCACAAGAAAUUUCCCAUGACAUUGAACGAGAGAUUUCCCAUGACAUUGAACAAGAAAUUUCCCAUGACAUUGCACAAGAAAUUUCCCAUGACAUUGCACAAGAAAUUUCCCAUGACAUUGAACGAGAGAUUUCCCAUGACAUUGCACAAGAAAUUUCCCAUGACAUUGAACGAGAGAUUUCCCAUGACAUUGAACAAGAAAUUUCCCAUGACAUUGCACAAGAAAUUUCCCAUGACAUUGCACAAGAAAUUUCCCAUGACAUUGAACAAGAAAUUUCCCAUGACAUUGAACAAGAAAUUUCCCAUGACAUUGAACGAGAGAUUUCCCAUGACAUUUAACUUGAAAUUUCCCAUGACAUUGAACAAGCAUCUCCCCGUGACAUUAAACAAGGAAUUUCCCAUGACAUUAAACUAGAAAUCUCCCAUGACACUGGAAUGGGAAUUUCCAAUAGAAUUGCAAAUCUUGAGUGUAACCAUGUAUUAUUGGAACACCUUUCUUUUUUUUUCACUCUACAUGUAAAUCUGACAAGAAAAAAUAAUCACAGUUAUUUCUACAUUUGUGUGUGUGACUAUAUGUAUAUUUAUUACAAUGCAUUUUUAAAAUGUAACAGCCUCUGUUGUUUCCUAAUUUUAGUACUAUUAAAUGAUUUUAGAUGUUUCUUUCAAAUUCCGAAGAAUUCAUCCAGACAUAGAAUAUUUUAGAGGUUAAUCAACCAGACAUGAUGAAAUUUAAUCUUUGGAGCCCACCCGUUUUACAUUACACACCUAUGAAUGACUUUUGUACACAUUUAGAUAGUUUUCACUGUGUGUUCAUGUAUAAUUGAUUAUUAGCUCACCUGAGCCCCUAUGACGGGCUCAGGUGAGCUUUUCUGAUCACCUGUGGUCAUGUACAUAUGUCUGUUUUUCUGUCCAUCUGUCUGCAAACUUUAUUUUUUACCAAUUCCAAUAAAACUUAACUUCAAGGAUUGCUUGAUAAAGGGGAUUUGAAUUGGAUCAAAUUAAGGGUCACACCCUUUCCAAAGGGGAGAUAAUUAAGAAUUGGUUAAAAUAUAUUGUCAUCUUCUUGAGUACUACUGGAUCAGAAAAAUGAAACUUGUGUGAAAGCUUCCUGAAUGAGUGUGGAUUCAAAAUUAUUCAAACGGCUAGGAUGGGGCGGCAACAGAGGAUCAAGGUUUUAAAUGGGAAUAGAUAUAGGAACAAUGUUUAAAAAUCUUCCUCUCAAUAACAUUAGGGCCAUGAUUAGUCAUCUUGAUAUGCAAACAUUGACUGGUAGUGCUGAUUCAAGUUUGUCCAAUCAAUGGUGAGGGAGGAUGGGGCCUCAAUAGGGGAUCAAAGUUUGACAUGGUAAUAUAUGGGGGGGAGGUCUUCUCAACUCAAGGUCAGCAAGGUCAUGGUUUGUGAUAUUAAUAUGCAAGCAUCCUCAGGUAGUGCAGUUCUGGGGGGAGUGUAUGGCCAUGAUGGUGGAUUAGACUUUUACAUGACAAUGUAUGAGGAUUUUUUUAAUAAUUUUUUUUUCUCGCGCCCAGUAGGGCCAUGAUUAGUCAUGUAAAUAUUCGAGCAUUGACUGAUGCUGCAGACUGAUUAGGAUUGCUAUUUUGUAGUAUAUAGGGAUUCAGAUAUUUAUAUGAGAAUAUUUAGGGAAUUUGAAACAAUCUUUUCAAGAGUAGAAGGUCACAUUAAAUAUAUCCAAAUGCAGAAAUUUCCAAGUGUAUCCUGGGUCUUUUUCUCCAGAACAGCAAAGUCAUGUUGAUAAUGAAGCAUCCCCAUGUUGUGUUGCAGUAGGUUCAAGUUUGGUUAAGUCAUGACCCCAUGAGGAUAGAUUUGGGUCAUUACAUGGGGUUAAAGAGGAUAAAAAUCUUUUGGAGAAUGAGCAGCAGGCCAAAGUGACUCAGGUGAGCGUUGUGGCCCAUGGGCCUCCUGUAGUCUUUGAUAGCAUUUCAGGAAUUGUCAGCAUUAUACAGAGUCACAUGACUGCAGUUUUGUAGUGGAUGUGAAAUUUUAGUUCGCUGGGAAUUGUGAGUGUAGGUCACAUGUUAAAACUUGUCGCUAGACAGCAGAUUUUACAGUUGAUGUAUAGUUUCCCUGAUAAAGGGAGGCAUUCAUAUUUUGCAUACAUAUUCCUUGUGCCAAUAACUUUCGAUGAUUCCAAAGAUUUUGAACUUGUUAUUUCUCAUUGGCACCUGUUCAGCAUUUAAAAAAGAUAUUAUCAGUACAAUGUUUUGAAGUUCAUAAAUAAGGAAAAGACCUCGAUACUUGGAAUAUAUUUUUGUGUUCGGCAAACCUGUAUUUCAAUGUUUCCAAAUCCCUUACUUUUUCCUCUGACCCACUUUUUGAAUAAUAUAUAGGAGUGAAAAUGUUCACAUGAUAAAGUACAUACAUUUGACCGAGUCCAACAUGUACAAUAUCUAGGGGUACUGUAGAAUCAGUUAAAUUCGUGGGGGCCAAUUUUCGUGGAUUGCUGAAUUUUUAUGGGUUCGUGGGGACGUAAUUUCGUGGAUUUAUAUAUUUGCAAGAAAGAUAACUCUGGAAUGUAAUUAUGAUUCUUUAUUCGUUGAGGAUGUAAAUUCGUGGAUGAGGGGUACCCACGAAAAUUGAGCCACCACGAAUUCUAAUGAUUCCACAGUAACUGAAUGUCUCACACCCACACCCCACCCCCAGAUUUUAUGAAUGUAUUUCAAAAAUCAUUAAGAUAUUGAUUCCCUUCAGUAUCUCAAAAUUAGAUACUUCAGAAUUAGUAUUUAUAUCAGGUCAUUGUUUCCUUAUUUGUAUAAACUUUACAACAUUGUAGCACUUUUUACCAUGUAUGCUCUCAAGCAGCAAGCAAAACCAGCAUCUCGGAUAUUGUCAGCAUGCCAAAAUGAUUCCCAUAUCACAUCCAAUUCUGUAGUGUCAACAUGCCAAAAUGAUUCCCAUAUCACAUCCAAUUCUAUAUUGUCAGCAUGCCAAAAUGAUUCCCAUAUCUCAUCCAAUUCUAUGUCAGCAUGCCAAAAUGAUUCCCAUAUCUCAUCCAAUUCUAUGUCAGCAUGCCAAAAUGAUUCCCAUAUCACAUCCAAUUCUAGUUUUGUAACAUGUCUACACUUGUAUUGUGAAAAACAUUUGUUUAUAGGGCCCCGCAGUGGAUGGGUGGAAAACAGCUAUUGAAUUUGAAAAAUUUAUUUGCAUCAUUGGGUUACAGAUUUGGCUUUGGGCUCUCUUGAGAUAUUUUUGAAAGCAUUAUGGACCCUGAAUUUUGAAAUUUUCAGUGUUUUGACUUUUCCAGACACUGAAUUGAAAAUCCAUGCAUAGGGUAAAUCAAUCUCUGAUUGAUUGUAUUAUAAUUAGCAAAAGUAAGCUGAUUUAUUUGAGAUUUUUCAACUCUUGACUUCAUUGAAUCUUAACCAGGUGAUUCCCUGAUACCCAUACACACGAGAACUGUUCUGUAAAAGCAGGCAUUCCCGAUCAUAUCCUAUAAGUACGUGUAUUCAACAAUUCCCCUUUAUUGUUCCCCUCCUGGAUUGUUGGAGAACUUUGUUAAAUGUGACAGGCACAAUUAUAUACAUGUCCUUUAAUGAUAGCACGUACAUGGUGUAAUUAAGCAUUGUGAUCAGAUAAAUUAUUUGUGUUUGCAUUUUAUGACCUAUUUCAUAUUGAGAUGCCAUUUGUAGCAUUCCAGGCAUGUAAAGUAAAAUGAUAUCUUUGGACAGCCAUGAAGUGUGUUAAUUUCAGCAUUAAAUAAAAAUUUAACUGGGUUGUAAGUCUCCCCAUGCCUGAAUUUCAGCUAUUCCAUGUCAUUCAUCAAGGGGGAAAAACUCCUGACAAAAGAGGGAAGUUGUUGAACUUUUGAUCGCCAUUUUUUAUGUAUGUAGAUUUCAGUGAUUGUCAAUAGUAUUGCUUUGUGGCAUCUUAUUUUUGCUUAGUUUGGGAGUGUAUAGUAAAUAUCAAAGAAGUGAAAUUAAAUUUAAUAAUGGUGCAAGUCUUGGUUACCCUAAACCAGAGCUGCUUACUUUAUCUAUAGUUAUCAACUAGUCAUAGAGGGUUUUAAUUGGCAGAAUGAUGAAUUGUUUGAGAUACAGUUAUGUAAAUUAUGUUUUAUUGUACAAUAGAGAAGCUUCCUGACGUGUGCAGUACAUCUAUAAUGUCUAGUCAGUUUUGUAUUGGCCUACAUAUCGUCAGUGAUUUUGUUUUAUUUUACGUUUUGUCAAUUUAACUUUUCUGUGAUGGGACUGUAUCUGUAUGCAAUUUUAAAUGAAUGUCCUCCAUAAUUCUGAAAUGUUUUGAAUUUUUACUCUUACAUCUGUCCAAAUCUGACUUUUUGAGUAAUAAAUCUUCACGACGCUGA